CAAGCAGACUAGUGGCUUUAUUUCGAUGGAAAAUUGUGUGCAAAAAAGCAAAGGAAAAGAAAGAAACGUCGUUUUUAGGGACCAAAAAGGCUUUGUGAAGGUGAGUCAACGAAGCUUAAACGCGAAGUCAGUGUGCACUACUUCUCUGUCUGCAAGUCACGGCAAAAGCAGACUAUUUGGAGGAGGAAACAACAGAGAGAGAUAGAGUGAGAAAGUGGGAAAAUGGCCGAUUCGAAGGUGGAGACCAUAUCAAGGUUGGCUCAAUGGAGGAUCGACAACUUCGGGCCUUGUACUUACAAGAAAUCCGACCCUUUUAAGGUCGGAUUCUGGAACUGGCACUUGUCCAUAGAGAAGAAUCGGUACCUCUAUAUUCGUCUAUUUCCGGAGCCUUCUCGGGCUUCUAAAGAACAGCCUCCAAUUGCUCGCUUUGUUCUCAGAUUUUAUAGCACGGUCCCUGGACGAAGACACUACAUCUCUCCUGUUCAUGAAAGACUGCUUCGGACGGGUGAAGACUUUGUGUGGCCUGUUGAUACUGCCUUCACUGGUCGCUUCGUCAUUGACGUUGAGUUUCUGGAUCUGAAGAUAUACUCUGUUAAUAAUCAGGGUGGGGAAGCUUGUUCCAUAUGGCCUAUUGAUGGAAUGAUGCAAUCUGUAUCAAUCCAAGGCACUCUUCGAUGCCUCUCUCGGAUGCUUGAUGAGGGAAUCCAUGCGGAUGUUACCAUCAACACAGCUGAUGGAAAUCUAAGGGCUCACAAGGCAAUCUUGUCUGCAAGCUCUUCGGUAUUCCAAAGCAUGUUCCAUCACAACCUCAAGGAGAAAGAGUCUUCCACAAUUCACAUAGAAGACAUGUCAAUGGAAUCUUGUGUGGCUCUUCUGAGUUACUUGUAUGGAACCAUUAAACAAGAGGAUUUCUGGAAGCACCGGCUAGCACUUCUUGGAGCGGCAAACAAAUACGACAUUGCAGACCUAAAAGAUGCUUGUGAGGAAAGCCUUUUGGAAGACAUCAACUCGGGGAAUGUCCUUGAGAGGCUGCAGGAGGCCUGGUUGUACCAGCUAAACAAGCUGAAGAAAGGGUGCUUGAUGUACUUGUUUGAAUUCGGCAAGAUCUAUGAUAUAAAAGAUGAAAUGAACAACUUUUUCAGGCAUGCAGACAGGGACCUUAUGCUAGAGAUGUUUCAAGAAGUGCUUGCAGUUUGGAGACCAAUAUAAGUUACAUACUUCUACUCUUUAACUUCCAUAUAACAAACAAUGGUAUAUUGUAUAUAUAUAUAUAUAUAUAUAUUUCUGUAGAACUCUUCUGAGUAUGUGAAGGUUUUACGUUUCAGGGUCCAAUAGUUUUGGCUGGUGGUAAUUUUCUAUUGUAAUUAGUAUGCCACUCUAUUUCAGGUUCAAGAAUAGCACAUGAGCAAUAUUAAUUAAUGUUUUUGGGUGGUACUGUUAUUCUC